AUGGUUUAUCAAUCUGAAUUUCGCCAUGAUUCUAAUGCUAGAUUUGUCGAUGAUGCAAAUGAUUAUGAUAUCAACGAUGAAGGUGAAGUCGAGGGUAUCGUAAACCUUAAUGAAGGUUUUACCGAGGCAACUGAAUCAGAAUUAUUUGACAGAAAAGUUAAGUUUGAUGAAGAGGCUUAUGAUUUGUAUAAUAGUUAUGCAUUUAAACAUGGUUUUGGUAUACGUAAAGAUAGGUUGAAUCGUAGAGAUGACAAAGAUAGGACACCUAGGCAACGCUUUUUGGUGUGUUCUUUUGUUGGCUUUAAGCAAGAGAAGAAGCAUGGUGAACAAUCAAAAGUUUACCAAAAGAGGAAUUUCCGCACAGGUUGCAAGGCUCAUAUACAAUUUGAUAUUGAUAAGGUGUCUGGUUUGUAUGUCGUGGUCAAUCACACUAUGGUUCAUAAUCAUAGUAGGGUUGUUGUUUCAAAGAGACAUUUGAUUAGGUCUCAUAGGAAGGUUACUAAUGAACAAGUUGUGAUGAUGAGUAGCUUGACUGAGAGUAGUAUACCUGUUGCUGAUGCAGUGCGUGUUUUAAAACAUCAAGCUGGUGGAGAGGCAAAUCUUUCAUUUCUUUGUAGGGAUGCGUAUGGUGCUUUAUCCCAACAUAAGAAAAUGAUGUUUGACGGUUGUGAUGCAAAGCGCUUGCUUAGCUAUUUUAAGGAGAGGAAAUCUAGUGAGUAUGACUUUUUUUAUGACUUUGAUGUUGAUGAAAAAGGUCAUUUGCAAUCUUUCUUCUUUCGUGAUAAUAGAAUGAAGGUAGAUUAUGAUGCUUUUGGUGAUUUAUUAGUCCAUGAUACAACGUACCGUACAAACAAAUAUGGUAUGAUUUGUGGACCUUUUGUUGGUAUGAAUCAUCAUAACAAUAAUGUCAUGUUUGGUAUUGGCUUCUUGAUCAAUGAAAAAUGGGAAUCUUUUGAGUGGUUGCUCAAUACUUUUUUGAAAUCCAUGGGUGGCAAACAUCCGGUGACAAUAAUGACUGACCAAGCUCAAGCAAUGGCCAAAGCAAUUAAGGUUGUCUUCCCAAAUUCCAGACAUCGACUAUGUACGUGGCAUAUUGGGGAGAAUGCAAAGAAAAAUAUCAAAGGACUUAGAGCAAAGGAAGGUUUUAAUGAUUUGUUUGAUAUUGUUUUGAACAUGCAGAAAACGUACAAAUGCACAGAUAAUAAAUGGCUGCAAAAUCUGUAUAAUAUCAAAGAGAUGUGGUGUCCUGCAUAUUCCAAAGAUUAUUUUAGUGGCGGUGUUAUGUCAUCUCAGAGGAGUGAAACUACUAACAAAUCAGUUUCCCGUCGACUACAUGCCACUCAUGGUCUAUGUGAUUUCUACACUACUUUUAUUGAGGUUGUUGAUGAGUGGAGGAGUAGAGAAGGUAGUAAUGAUUAUGAUAGUAUGACUGGAAAUCGUCAUAUAGUUUGGGCAGAUAUUGGAUUGUUGGAGCAUGCAAGGAAGAUUUAUACUAUUCAAAUCUAUUUACAUUUUGAAGACAAUUUUGUCAAUGGUGUUCCCUGCACGGCAAAGGUAAUAGGAUUUCAACCUCCACUUUAUGAAUAUCAUGUUGGGCAUCCAAAAAAGGAUUUGAUCAUGCAUACUGUUGCAUUUGAUGAAUCAACAGUUACAGUUGAUUGUACUUGCAAAUAUUUUGGUGAGGUAGGUUUGUUGUGCAAGCACUCACUUCGUGUCUUACACUUAAACAACAUUACUUAUAUCCCAAAGAGAUACAUUUGCAAGAGAUGGACAAAAGCUGCUAUGUGCACUAGAGUUGAUGACAAUGAUGUUGCUGAAAUGGGUGUCACUCCUUGUAGUGUAUGGAGAUUGUAUCAUAUUCGUACAUUUAUCACACUUGUAGAUUGA